AUGGAUACUUUAACACUCGAUUGCAUCAACUCCAACGAGUAUCAACUGGAGACGUUGAUUAGAGCUGUCAUCGACCGUGGUAUCCGGAAUCUUUAUCUUGAACUUGACUUUGAUACAUACCCUCGAUACAUCUUCAACUGCAAAACCAUUGUCGACUUGAAGAUUCAUUUCUAUAGAGCGUUACUGUCACUGUCUGCUGUGGAGAAUGUCUCAUUGCCUAGCCUCAAGAAGUUUCAUGGUUUUUAUGUUGUGUGGGAGAAUGACGAAGCCCUCUCUCUCUUUCUUUCCGGUUGUCCGUCCCUUGAGGAGUUGAAUAUAUCGCUUACAUCUGUGAAAGGAAAUGAUUAUGUGGGCUGCAUAACUAUAUCAUCACCCACAAUAAAGAUGUUUAAGCUGGAUCUUAACAAUUUGACCUGUGACCCUAAAUGUAGGAUGAUAUUAAAUGCCCCGGCCCUUAGGUAUCUCCAAGUGGAUGGCUAUCAGUUGGGGUCUAUAACAGUUCCUAUAACCAUGGUCUCCUUAGUUAAGGCGGAAUUGCGCUUACGAAGUUACAAUACCGCGAUUGUGAAUUUUCUUCAGUGUUAUGUAAAGUACCUAGUGAUAUCAGGUUGGAUGCUUGAGGAGGUAUGUUUUGAUUCUUCAAUCUCUUAG